AUGCUCCGCAUCAACGCGCUCACCUCGACCCCCAUCCUCAUUGACGCGCAUGGGUCCCACGCGCAACUCCUCAGCCAGAUCCAGAACGAAGUGUACGCUAGAGCCCCGGAAAUCACUGAAGGAUACGCGUUCGACGGCCUCUAUGUCGAAUGGGACCUCGGCGGCCCUGGCAGCCAUGUGGUGGCGUUUCCCCACAGCUCGAUCUUGGACAAAAGCAAUUUGGCGGCAACUCUUGCGUUGUUGAGGACCAGGUCCGGCAAGGACAUGCUCUGUCUGAAAGUCAGGGUCUCCAGUCCAGAUGCCAAGUUGCAGCUCGCGUAA